UAACAGCCGCCGUAUUCUUGAUUAUGCAGUUCGGUCAUGCACGAGAGACAACCGUUAGUACCAUUUUCCACGGAGUGAACCUACUGUUUUUACUUAUACUGUACCCUCAGUGAGCAUAAAGAGCGAGCUCUAUGCUGGUUCGCGGCGAUGCAUUGUGCAGGAAGUAGUACCGGGCGGUACGGCGAGACGGAAGCAGAAAAAUACAGAGUGUACGCGAGCGUAUCGUUCGCAGUAUUAUUAUUGGGGAUUGGCGUACCUCUCUGGUGGCACACUACAACGGUGCCUCGUGUUACACUUCCUUAUGCCGGAAUUGAUGAAUUAUCGCAACUGGACAUUAGAAUUACUACAAAGAUUACUGUCGCGGCGCUCUCACACAAUCGUGCCGAGUUGUUCGCACGUGAAAUCAGGCGAACGUUUGUAAACGCUGGUAAGUGAGAACGGAAUGUGAAGAAUUUAUAAGUGACAAUUUAUUGCUAUGAUAUUGUAUAUUGCCUGAAAAGAUUCUAAUAACUUUAAUGAUUGAUAAAAAUGGUUCUCAAAAUAUUUUAAAUG